UUCACAACUCGCCCCUCCACUCCAACUCCCUCCCAACCACCUUCCCUUCCACACCGAUUCCCCUCGCCUCCUCCCUCCUCACUCCCGUCCCCAUCCGCCGCGAUGGCCUCCCACCUCGCCGUCUCCGUCUCCGUCGCCGCGCCCGCCUCGUCGCCGUCCCAUGUCGCCGCCGUCGUCGCCCCGCCCAGCGUCGCGCUCCGCCGCGGCCUCCCGCCGACGCGCCGCGCGCUCCGCGCCCGCCCGAGCUCCCGCGGCGCGGCCGUCGUGUGCCAGGCCCAGGGCGGCCAGGACACCGCCAUCCAAGUUCCUGAUGUGAGCAAAUCUACCUGGCAAUCGCUUGUGGUGGAGAGCGAGCUCCCCGUCCUCGUCCAGUUCUGGGCCUCAUGGUGCGGACCGUGCAAAAUGAUAGACCCCAUCGUCGGCAAGCUCUCAAAGGAGUAUGAAGGGAAGCUGAAAUGCUACAAGCUGAACACUGAUGAUAACCCCGACAUCGCGACCCAGCUCGGCAUCCGGAGCAUCCCCACAAUGAUGAUAUUCAAGAACGGCGAGAAGAAGGAAGCGGUGAUCGGCGCCGUGCCGGAGAGCACCCUCAUCACCUGCAUCGAAAAGUAUGUCGACGGGAGGUGAAAUCUGAAACCGAGCCGGUUAGCCUUGGACCUCUAUGUGUAGAUGGAUGGGUAUGAGUAUACCGUUUGUCAUUAAUUUGCUCUUAAAGUAGCCAUAUGUAGAUAAUAAUGUGAGAUAACAUCGAAUAAAAGCGAUUCAAGGAUGAGAAGUCAUGGAAGAUGGCCCAGAGGUUGCUUCUGGUCUAGCUCCUCCAUGUUUCAUUCAUUGGGUUGUGCUACUGUAUGCAGAUCUGCUAAAUCGUACAGCAUCGACCUAAUCCUUUAUCUGAAUUUCCUUAUGAUUGUUUUGGACUGA